CGCCCGGCGCCGGGAGCGCGGCCGGGAGUUUUGACGUGGCAGUUGCCAGCCGGGCUGAAGUCCGCGCGCCGCCAGCCUGUGGGGACAGCUGCCCCCGAAGGGUUCUUUUGUAGAACUUUCUCUUGGAAUGAGAUUUUCAUCAUGAGUCAACAAGGCUACGUGGCGACACCCCCCUAUUCUCAGGCCCAGUCUGGGAUGGGCCUUUCUGCACCGCAUUACGGCCACUAUGGGGACCCAGCUCACACAGGUGCUCCACCAGGUGUGAUGAAGCCACCAGGGCCUUUGGGGGCUGCGCCCGGGAUGGUGCUGCCUCCCGCCCCGCCCCCUGGGCCCCCCCAGCUUGGCCAGAACGGAGCUCCGGCCCAGGGCCACCUGCCCCAAAGGUUUCCAGGUCCUCCGCCUGUCAACGGCGCGGCGCCGUCCUACGCCCCAUACUCGCCUGCUGCCCAGCCGCCGCACCCGGCCCCCGCGGCUGCCACGCCCGUCUCCCAGCUGGGCAGCCAGCUCCACGCCAUGCACAUCGGCCCUGGGGGUAACUUCCGUUCCGGCGUGGCACCCCCCAGCCAGGGGCCCCCGGGCCCGCUGCCCGCGCCCUUGAGCCACGGCCCGCCACGACCUCCGCAGCCGUCCAUCCUGCAGCCCGGGGCUCAGGUCCUCCCACCGCCGCCCACUGCUCUGAACGGCCCUGGUGCGCCACCCUCGCACCGGCAGGACGGGCUCCCCGGGCCCGCCCCUCCCAGCGCGCAGCUCCCGCCCCCACCUCUGCCGGGACAGGCCCCCAGCCCCGGAUACGCCCCCCAGCAAGCCAACUAUGGGCCCCAGCUGGCAGGGCCGCAGCUCGCCUACGGGGGAGGCUUCCCCGCAGGGCCCGCGCAGAUGGCCGGGCCGCCCGCGCCCCAGAGGAAGCUGGAUCCCGACGCUGUGCCCAGCCCGAUCCAGGUGAUCGAGAAUGACCGCGCCACCCGAGGGGGACAAGUGUACGUCACCAGCACCAGAGGCCAGGUCCCGCCGCUCGUCACCACAGACUUCAUGGUGCAAGACCAAGGCAACGCGAGCCCGCGGUACAUCCGCUGCACGGCGUACUGCUUCCCCUGCACGUCGGACAUGGCCAAGCAAGCCCAGGUGCCCUUGGCCGCGGUCAUCACGCCCUUCGCCACAGUUCCUCCCAACGAGGCCCCCCUGUUCUUGGUGAAUCACGGAGAGACCGGGCCAGUCCGAUGCAACCGGUGCAAGGCCUACAUGUGCCCAUUCAUGCAGUUCAUCGAGGGCGGAAGGAGGUACCAGUGCGGCUUCUGCAGCUGCGUGAACGAAGUCCCGCCCUUCUAUUUCCAACACCUGGACCACAUGGGCCGGAGGCUGGACCACUACGAGAAGCCGGAGCUGUCCCUGGGGUCGUACGAGUACGUGGCCACCCUGGAUUACUGCCGGAACAAUAAGCCUCCCAACGCCCCCGCCUUCAUCUUCAUGAUCGACGUCUCCUACAGCAACAUCAAGAGCGGCCUCGUGAAGCUCAUCUGCGAGGAACUGAAGACGGUGCUGGAGAGGCUGCCCAAGGACGAGCAAGAAGAGACGUCCGCAGUUCGAGUCGGUUUUAUCACCUAUAACAAAGUUCUCCAUUUCUUUAACGUCAAGAGCAACUUGGCGCAGCCGCAGAUGAUGGUCGUAACCGACGUCAGCGAGGUCUUCGUUCCUUUGCUGGAUGGCUUCCUUGUCAACUACCAGGAAUCCCAGUCUGUAAUCCACAAUUUAUUGGACCAGAUUCCCGAGAUGUUCGCCGACUCCAACGAGAACGAGACCGUCUUUGCCCCGGUCGUGCAGGCCGGCAUGGAGGCGCUGAAGGCCGCAGAGUGUCCCGGGAAGCUGUUCAUCUUCCACUCCUCCUUGCCCACGGCAGAGGCUCCCGGGAAGCUCAAGAACAGAGACGACAAGAAGCUGAUUAACACGGACAAAGAGAAGAUACUUUUCCAGCCCCAGAGCAGUGUCUACGACUCGCUGGCCAGGGACUGUGUGGCCCACGGCUGCUGCGUGACGCUCUUCCUCUUCCCCAGUCAGUACGUGGACGUGGCCUCCCUGGGCCUCGUGCCGCAGCUCACGGGAGGGACCCUCUACAAGUACAACAAGUUCCAGUUACACUUGGACAGCCAACAAUUUUUGAACGACCUCAGAAAUGAUAUCGAGAAGAAGAUAGGAUUUGAUGCCAUAAUGCGGGUCCGCACCAGCACAGGUUUCAGAGCCACCGACUUCUUCGGCGGGAUCUACAUGAACAACACCACGGACGUGGAGAUGGCAGCCGUCGACUGUGACAAGGCGGUGACGGUGGAGUUCAAGCACGACGACAAGCUCGGGGAGGACAGCGGAGCCCUGAUCCAGUGCGCCGUGCUGUACACCACCGUCGGGGGCCAGAGGAGGCUGCGCAUCCACAACCUGGCGCUGAGCUGCAGCUCGCAGCUGGCCGACCUCUACAAGAGCUGCGAGACCGACGCCCUCAUCAACUUCUUCGCCAAGUCAGCUUUCAAAGCAGUUCUGCACCAGCCCACGAAGCUCAUCCGGGAGAUCCUGGUGAACCAGACCGCCCACAUGCUGGCGUGCUACCGGAAGAACUGCGCCAGCCCCUCGGCCGCCAGCCAGCUGAUCCUGCCAGACUCCAUGAAGGUCCUGCCCGUGUACAUGAACUCGCUGCUGAAGAGCUUCGUGCUGCUCAGCAGGCCCGAGGUCCCCAUCGACGAGCGGGCCUUCCAGAGGCAGCUGGUCAUGGCCAUGGGUGUGGCUGACUCCCAGCUCUUCUUCUACCCCCAACUCCUGCCCAUACACACGGUGGACGUCAAGAGCACAGCGGUGCCCCCUGCGGUGCGCUGCUCCGAGUCCCGCCUCUCGGAGGAUGGAAUAUUCCUGCUCACCAACGGCCUGAACACGUUCCUGUGGCUGGGGGUCAGCAGCCCGCCGGAACUCAUCCAAGGGAUAUUCAACGUGCCGUCUCUGGCCCACAUCAACACACACAUGACUGUACUGCCUGAGGUGGGAAACCCGUACUCUCAAACACUCAGAAUUAUAAUGAGCAUUAUCCAACACAAGAGGCCAUAUUCAAUGAAGCUCACGAUCGUGAAGCAGCGAGAGCAGCCAGAGGUGGCCUUCCGGCAGCUCCUGGUGGAGGACAAGAGCCUGGACGGAGGGUCGUCCUAUGUGGACUUCCUGUGCUGUGUGUACAAGGCCGUCUGUCAACUGCUCAACUGACGGCCGCCCCCCUCCAGCCCCUGCCCCGGGGGUCCUGCGGAGACUGCCCCCCUCCUUCUCGGUGCCUACUCUCCAGGUGACAGACAGCAGGCCGCUUCUGAGUUCUUUCCAAGCCGGCCUUCGCCACAUCCCGCGGGUGCUCAGGUGUCAGGCCAGCGGAGGGCUCCCCCCGGGGGAGCGGACGGCUCCGGCAGCAGCUGCAGCCCCGCAGGCGGCCCCGCCCCUGUGGCCGAGGGCAGUUUACAGACUGUAAACACUCUCAGAUCUUUCUUUGUGCUAGACGUAUAAAUUAUUUUUCAAAAUGUAUAGAUUUGGGAUGAAAAGUUUUCUUGGUUCCUCUCCCAUUUUCAGUGAGGGAAAAAAGGCUUAAUUUUUACAUUAUAUUUUUUAAAAUCACAUCACCUCACCAAACACAUUUUUCAACUUCAGGUUUGCAUAGCAGACUUUUAAUGAUCUCGGAAUCUAUUUGGUAGAACAAUUUGGGUUCUACGUGUUUUUCAUAAUUACGUGUUGUAUGUGUUCAAACUACUUUCCAGUUGUUUGUGUUGUCUCUGCAACUGUCUGUGCAAGCCUCUCAGCGGCUCCCUGUACAAUUUGGAAGGCGCCCAGCUGUACAUACGGAUCUCAGCCGGUAUCAAUAAACCCCUUCCUGC